UGGUGAUUGCUGUUAGGUUGUGAUUUGUGUUGAAGUCCAGAAUGUAGGAUAUUAUAAAAGGAGAUUGUUUCGUUUGUAAAUUGUUAAAUUGUAAUGUUUUUGAUGGUAUUUAACAUCCUAAUAUAUAAAUAAUAGUCCAAGUGGAAAGACAUAUCGUUAGUAUGUACUAGUAGUACGCUGUAAAUAUAUAAUAUAUACUUUAAUAUAUAUGUAUGUUGGGAAUGUGUUAGGCACUGUUUAGAAGUUUUCAAUUAAUUUUUUUUUCAAGUUUGUAUCUCCGUUUUGUUAAAUAAUGUUUUGGUUAAAUCGGAGUUUAUAUUUGUUAAUUGAACUGUUAAAAUUCGAUUUGUUAAGAGUUAAGCAUGAACACUUACUGAUUCCAACUUAAGCCAAAAGAAACAAGAAUUUAACAUCCACUGAUCAAAUUAUGCCUUUUUUUGUAUGAAUCUCUGUUGGAUAUUUUCCUCCCUUUUUUAGACACUUUUCUAAAGUAUGCACUUGCACUUUGAGAGAACAUUCACGGCUCGUACCGACUGUACCAUCUUGUCGUUGACUUGGAUGGGAAAGAUUCCCGAAGAGAUUCCCGAUGACGAAGAAUGGAGAGCGAGUCCGUAUAAUUAUUACCAGGACGGAUGGUUGGGUACCGGAAAUGCUAGAGGUAUCGUCGGUAUCACGUUCACCACGUGCGACUGCAGAAAGAAUACUGAAGUACCGUCGAGAGCAAAUUUUAACUUGAGGGGACACCAUUCCAAGGUUAUUAUGGUAAGAUGGAAUGAACCAUAUCAGAAAUUGGCAUCCUGUGACAGUACUGGUGUUAUAUUUGUCUGGAUCAGAUAUGAAGGUAGAUGGUCGAUUGAAUUGAUAAAUGAUAGAAAUAUAGAAGUGACUGAUUUUUCUUGGAGUCACGAUGGUCGCAUGGCUCUCGUAUGUUAUCAAGAUGGAUUUAUAUUAGUUGGAUCUGUUGCUGGUCAAAGGUAUUGGUCAUCAAGACUAAAUAUAGAUGCUGUUAUUACCUGUGGAAUUUGGUCUCCAGAUGAUCAACAGGUUCAGUUUGGAACUACAAAAGGCCAUAUUUUAGUGAUAGAUGUCCAUGGUGUAGUAAUAGCUCAAGUUAGUGUACAAGAGAAUGUUUCAAUCACUGCCAUGUCAUGGUCAGGUGAAAAAUUUAGAAUGGAAGAUAAUGAUUUAGAACAGAAAGGUGAUACCGUCCAUCUACAAGAAAUUCAGUCUUCUGUCCUGGCAGUUUGUUUCAAAAAUGGUACAAUUUAUUUAAUGAAAACAUACGAUGAUAUUUCUCCAGCAGUUAUAAUCACUGGAUUGAAAGACAUAAAGAUGGAAUGGUCAAAUAGCGGUGAAUUUCUAGCUGUAGCUGGAUUGGCUGAAAACUCAUCUGGUGAAGAAUAUGUAAAUCGCAUUCAUUUUUAUACUGAGUCUGGUGUAUUAUGCUUUGUUGUACCAGUGCCACAUAGUCAGGAUCCUGUAACUGCAAUAACAUGGGGUCAUAACGAUCGCCGCCUUUUUAUUGCAACUGGUUGCAUUAUUCACGUUGGAUGGGUAACUCCUAAGAUUGCAUCUCUGCAGUUAUUAGCUCGUUUGACAAUAUACCAUUGUCUGCGUGAUGAGUCUUCUGUACAAAAACUUCCAUUUCCACGCUGUUUGAGGAUACUUGUUUCACACCUUUUUAGUCAAACUAUCAGGUGCCAUUUACCUGAUCCUUUAUCUUUAAGAGAUUUUGUCUCUCGACCUCCACCUAAUGACAUUCGAUUACAUUGCACCAUGAUAAGACAUGAUGAUGAAGUCACAGCAGGAAGUGCUACUUAUACAUUAUUUUUAGAAUACCUUGGAGGCUUGGUGCCAUUAUUAAAAGGAAAACGUGCUAGUAAGCUUCGUCCAGCUUUUGUGAUAUUUGAUCCACAGCUAUCAGAAAGAGAAGGAAAACAGCAUGGACAAAAGUUUACUCCUCAUCAGUCUUCAGCCAGUAUAAAUUCUUCUCAAUUUGUUGGUUGUAGUCCUCCUGCCAGAAUUCCAGCUUACUUACCUCUGUCAUCAUCAGAAAGUGAAUUUGAAGAUGGAUGUGCAUCUCCAAGAAUACAACGAAGAAGAAAACAUCGUCAUCAAAAUUAUCCAAAACAGUUUGAAAAUGGUUCUUUUGAGGGGCGUGACUUAUUCUUUAUUGAUGAACUUCCUGAGCAAGAGAAAAUUGUAGCUGUGCAUUCAAAUAUUUGGGGAACAAAAUUUAAACUUCAAGGUAUUGUGUCAUGGCUGCCUUCAAUUUUAGGAACUGUAACUUAUCGAACAAGUGUUCUUCAUCUUCAGCCUAGACAGAUGACUUUAGUGAUCAAAGAAUUGCAGGGACCGCAACCUUCAGGAAAUAAUCAAGAUAGUCAAGGAAUAGUUUUUUCAGAAGAUGAAGAUGAUGUAUUUGAUCCAGAACUUACUUGUUACCAAAGUGUUCCAAUUGCACCCAUGACUCCAAAAAAACAACCUAGAAUUGGAUUGCCAUCGUAUCAUUAUUUUUACCAAAGAAAUAAUUUAUCUUCAGAUGAUGAUGAUCGAGAAACAGGAGACUAUGUUGAUUUUAUUCCAUCUGAAGAACUUUUAACAUUUCAAACUUUACAAGAUAGAGGUGUCCAUUUGAUAACAUUACAACCUUCUAAAACUGCAAUAGAAACUUCAGUUGUAGUUCAGAAUUCUGUUGUAAAUUCUAUUAAUGUUCAUCCUUCAUCUGCUUAUCAUAAUCAUUACACAUAUUCACCCCAUUUUCUAAACUAUUCAUUAACAGAAUCCAAUGUUCAUGCAGAUAAAAGUAAUGAUAAAGAAAAGCCCAUUCGCACUGAAAUAACAAAAUGUUCUGAAGAGAAUCCUAAUUCUGUUCCAACACAUUGGAACACAAAUUUAUUAGAAGCAGAUUCUAAUAACUUUUUAUCUGUUAGCAAUAAUUUUCUGGCUGUAUCAUCUCCAGGUUCUACAUCUGAUAGUUCAGGUUCAAGUUCCAUUUCUGGUGCAGAUUGGAAUAAACACUCAAAAGGAUCACAGAAGGUUUCAGUGUCUCAGGCUGAAGUUCCAUCAGAAAUAGAUAUUCCAGUCACUGUAAAUUCAACAGUUUUACCAAGUCCAAAGAAAACUCAGUCCCAUUAUGAAUCAUCCCAUAGUCCAAUUCCUAAAUGGGAAAUGCAUACCAAAGUCAACCAAAUUAAUCAUUAUGAAGAAACUGGAGUACAGUCUUGCAGUCAGUCCAUGUCCAGUUCUGUUCCUCGCUGGGCUGAAAAAGCAGGGGAUAUUAAAUAUAUUGAUGACGACACAGAUGAUACUUUAAUAGAAAAAAAUUUGCAACAAUCUUUGCCCACAAAAUUGUUAGGAAAUCAUCGGAAUCGUAAUGUAAGGCAUCUACAUAACACAGAUACUACUAGUGUUAAAGAUAAAAAUGUGUUUCUUAGGGAUAAGCAUCACACAUCAAAGUUGAAGACAUCUGACUUUAACAAAUCUGAUCACAAAUUACAAGCACCUCAAUUAGCUAGUAAUAGUUUGGAUGUUGACGAACAUUUUUAUUUUUGUGGAAGAGAUGAAACUUCAAGUAAUAGUUACAAUGAGAAUACAGAGACAAAAUCAAAUCUUUUACAGAAUGGCAGCAAUGAUAGCAUUAAUAUUCCAGUGAUUGAAGCAGAAAAUGUUCUUAAUGAUACUGGUGUUUCAGAACAAAGCACUAAUUUGCGAUCUGCUAAUUCUAGUCCUGAGACUCGUAAAAAACAAAACGGAUUUAGUCUCUCAAUUCCAUUUCGUUUUAAAGAACACCGAGCCAGUUUGCCUCAAGCAGAGGAUUUACUUGAUUCUUCUCGUCCAUUAUCACCAACAAGCAAGAGUAUACCUUCAUCUCCUGUUACAAAACGUAAAAAUCAAACUCAAAGACGUGGAUUACUUUAUAGUCCAUUAUUAUUGCGUAAAGUACGAAGGCAGCAUUUGGUAGAAAGUUCUGAUGAAGAAGGUACAAGUGACGAUUCUCGAAGUGAAGAAUUCAAAGACUUGGAAAGUUUCCAAAAAGCAUACAUUCGUAAAAAGUUGAGAAAAUGGAGAAGUAGAAGUACACCAGAAGGAUCAAAUAAUGCACCUUCCUACCGUGAAUUUGUACUUCACAACAAAGCACCAUUAUGGAAUGAAGUAGGACAGGUUUAUCAACUUGAUUUCAGUGGAAGAGUAACACAGGAAUCGGCUAAGAAUUUUCAAAUUGAAUUCCAUGGCAGACAGGUGAUGCAAUUUGGAAAAAUUGAUACAAAUGUUUACACAUUAGACUUUCAGUACCCAUUUAGUGCACUUCAAGCAUUUGCAGUAGCACUUGCAAAUGUAACUCAGCGUCUGAAAUGAAGAUUCCAUCCAGUCCAAUGAAAAGAUCUAGAAUUACCUGACUCUCAGUAAAGGAGAAUUUGAAAAUAAAAAAACAAAUAUACUUAUAAAAUUUAUUUCUUUUAAAUUGAUAAUGUUUCUAAGAAAUUGAUUUAAUUUAGAUAUUUAUCAGAAGAUAUAUUCUGGUUUCAGAGCUGUAUGUACAGCAGAAAUGUAGAUAAAAAUGAAUCAUUUGUACAGUAUGACAGAAUUGGAUAUUUAACAUUAUAUAUAUACACACACACAAUAUAUAUAUAUAAUAUAUACAUAUAUAUUUUUUUUAUUUAUUUACUUAUUUUUAAUUUUUUGCUGGAAAAUGUAGCUCAAACUUUUGAAACCAUCCUGUUGUUGUAAAUGAGAUUAUGUUUUUACUGUGUUGUUAAAUCAAUGUAUCAAGUGUUGUGAUAGCUUAUUGAUUGUGCAUGUUAUAAAUGGCAAUACUCAUGUAAAUGUUAUAUUCCAUUGCCUUGGAGGAUUGGACACAACAUUGAAUUUCAGGAAUGUAUUAUUAUAUCAUAUUAUUAAAUAUUAUAUGGAUUUUUAAUCUUAGUAGAAAUCACAACCAUUUACUAAGACUUGUCAUAAAUGUCUUCAUACAAAUGUUAUUCUAACUUUGAUUUAAUGAGUUGAUUUGUAAAUGUAAUUUCUAGUUAUAAGAUAAAAAAUAUUUUGUUUUAUUUAUAUAUAUCGCAAAAUACAUUGUAAUAUAUAUAUAUAAAUAUACAUUUAGAA